AUGAGGCAAGACGGCCGCGGGGCUGUGUGCGCUGCUCACCCCAGCUUUCCGGUCAUUGCCGUCGGCACAGGCGCGGGCCUGGGCUUCUUCGACCAGAGCCUCCGGCUGCUGCAGCGGCUCGAGCUCCAGGUCCGGGAUCUCGCCUGGCACCCUCAGAGCUUGGCACUGGCGGUGCUGGAGGGGCAGCAGGUGCGGAUCUUCGCCUCGGACAGGCCCAGCGUGGCCUUUCGAUGCCACACCCUGACGCUGCCGUGGCCGGCCGCGGCAGUUUGCUUCGCUCCGGCGCAGCUUCUGCUGGGCGGAAGGGAGCUGUGCAACUGGCCCUGCCGCGUCUAUGGCCUGCACGUCAGCAGCGCAGCAGAAGGCGAGCUUUGGCCCUUGCCAGAGCCGGUUUCCGAGCUGCAGCUGGACAAUUCGGGACGCUUCAUAGCUUCUCUCCACGUUGGUGCUACGCUGCGCGUAUGGUGGGCCGACGAAGAGGGCGAUGCAGGCACUGGCCGCCGCCGUCGUGGAAGCAGUGGGUCCAUUAUGGACUGCCGCAGCGAGGUCAUACAGCGCGACUGCAUGGCUGCGCGCUGGGCACCAGCCAAGCGGCGUGGCGGUUGCCCGUCGCUGCUGGCCGCGCUCGGCAGGGACGGCAGCGUCACUGUUUGGCGCGAGUCCGCCUUCGACGAACUACCUUGCUUUGUGGCAGAGGCACGCUGGACAGACGCUUGCUACACAGCAUUUGGCUGGGUAGUGCCCGCCGACGGUGACGAAGAGUUUCAGGACGCCGAGGACAAAGUGCCACGGCCCACGAACCAUGGCGUCCAAGCGAGUGGGAGGAUGGGAUCGACGCUUUCGCUGGUGGCGCUGGGUGAGGAUCAGGAUGCUGUGCUGCUGAAGCUUGGAACGGGCAGUCGUAGAAAGGUAGGCCGACUGGAUGUGCUGCCACAGACCUUGUGCAGCAGCCAGGGAUCUUCCUGUGGAGGAGUUCUCUCCGUUCGCGAAGGGAGCGCGUUGGAUCUUUGGGUGUGCUCCCAAAGUGGAGACUUGCAGCGCUGGCGCCUUGGCGAUGCCAAGGUCUUUGUGGCGGCAGCAGGAGGUGCUGUGCCGCUCUCUUUGAUCCUGGAGGAGCUGUGA